AUGAGCAAAGUGGAUUUUGUGGCCGAUCAGCCGCGACCGCUGGAAGACUUUAUCGCCGUGACGGGCCUUAAGUUUUGGCAUGCAAAGAAGUGUUUUGAGCGUUUCGGUGGAUAUGCGCCGGCGUUGGCCUCGUUUGCUCAAUCAUAUCCCUCAUUGCCAAAGAAUUACUUUGAUCGACGUCAAGUUCUGAGGGCAACUAAGUCUCGAAUCAACAAAGAGUUGGAACUCAUCUACAGGCGGGCACGGUGGAUUAGGAAUCAGCUGGGGGAAAAUGUGGAAAGGGUUUGGGCUGUGUACUACACCUAUCCUACAUUAUCCAAGGAAUCUCGUUUUGCCGCCUUGCCUCAAAAGUGCUUGAGAAAUGUACGAUAUCGUGAGCCUUCUCACUUCACUGGACCGUUUUUUGAAAUGUCUACUUUUUGGGAGGCGGAGAUGGGGGGAGAAUCGUUUUUUUUUAAUUUUGACAAAGAGGUUUUUGAGCGCAGUAGAUUUGCCUUGCGCGAAAAGUUGGAACAGUGGGUAUCUACGGCGGUGUUUCAUCGGGGUGCUGUUCGGUAUGUUGACGCUCAUGAUCUGGACGAGAAGACGGUCCGUUUGAUUAUCAACGAUGCGAAUAAAACUUUUGUCCAUCCUGACCACCGCAAUAAAUUUGUGGCCUUUCUUGCCGCCAUGUACAAUGAACUUGAGAUAUAUGAGCAGUCCAUGAGUUUCCUGUCUGGACUUUUUAUGCUGGUUCUAACUGAGGAGGAAACCGCCUCGGUGCUUCGUUUUCUAUUGAAUGUAAAAGUGCCUUCUCAUUGGUCAAUGGAUGUUGUGGCUUUUUCGAGUGCCGCCGUCCUUGUAGAAAAUUUUCUCCAGGUGCCUUUCUUGGAAGGAAAAUCGGUUCGAACGGGCGAAUAUGCCAACUUGCACUCUCGUUUGCAGUCGAUUAUGAAUAUUCUUUGCGUGAAUGUAGUAAACGUGAACGAGCUUUUUGUUUUUUUGGGUCUUCUCAUCAAGGAGAACCCGACUGUGUCUUUUUCCGGGAAUCGUCCAAGUUUAUAG